GCCACGUAUACGAGGGGCGGGCCGCAAGGCGAAGACUCGAGCUGACGCGGACCGGCCACCUAGGGUGGCGGCGGCGGCCAUGGAGCGCGACGGGCAGCAGCUGUCCGCGCGGCCGGCCCUGGAGACAGAGGGAUUGCGCUUCCUUCACGUCACGGUGGGCUCCCUGCUAGCCACCUAUGGCUGGUACAUCGUCUUCAGCUGCAUCCUUCUCUACGUGGUAUUUCAGAAGCUUUCCACCCGACUCAGGGCCCUGAGGCAGAGACAGCUGGACCGAGCUGCGGCUGCAGUGGAACCUGAUGUUGUUGUUAAACGGCAAGAGGCUUUAGCAGCUGCCCGUUUGAAAAUGCAAGAAGAAUUAAAUGCACAAGUCGAAAAGCAUAAGGAAAAACUGAGACAGCUUGAAGAACAAAAAAGGAGACAGAAGAUUGAAAUGUGGGACAGCAUGCAAGAAGGAAAAAGUUACAAAGGAAAUGUAAGAAAGCCCCCGGAAGAAGAUAGUGCUGGGCCUUCUACUUCAUCAGUACUGCCGAAACGGAAGUCUGACAGAAAACCUCUGCGAGGAGGUGGUUACAACCCUUUGUCUGGUGAAGGAGGUGGAGCCUGCUCCUGGAGACCCGGACGCAGAGGCCCGUCAGCUGGUGGAUGAGGCUAAGAAUCUUGUUAGUGUCGCUUUUGACAUUAGCAAGAUGAAUCUGUAACCCUCAGUUCAAUUGCCUUACGCACACUUUUCACAGUGACUAGCCAAGGGGAGUGGGGUUUAUUUCUGAUCUUAACUACACCUGCAUCUUUAAUGGUCGAAGUCCGCAUAGGAUAUAGACCUCACCACUAGCAGUAGUGACAGUUGGUCACAGUUCACUAACGGUGAACACAAUGAGUGUGUUCAUUGAUUUCGUGAGUAAUUGCUAGUUGGUAGAUAAGACCCUCCAGGUGACUAACAAUCUUGAGAUGAAAGAGACCUAGUAAUGGUUCUUCAAGUUAGAAGUCCUUGCUGGUAGGACAGUCUCUGUGACAGGUUGCGUUGAAUGAUGUCUUCCUUGUAAAUGGUGAGCCCACCAGCGAGGAUUACUGAUGCAGACAGUUGAUGGGGUUGUUUCUGUAUAUUUAUUUUUAUGUACAGAACUUUGUUAAAAAACCUGUAAAUAUUAAAAAAAAAUGCAAAGAACAUUUUUAGCAUCUUUAUUAAAUUCAAGGAAACUUCUUUAUGAACUUGAAUUUGUCAAACAUUAAACAGCUUUUUAUCAUCCCGCAA